AUGCCAUUCCGCAGCGCUCGGGCUUUCCCUUUCCCAUCCGCUCCCCGGCAGCCGCAUCAGCAGACGAGACACACCAGGGACCCGCCCGCCUGCCCUGCCCUGCCCUGCCCUCAAGGGAGACCCCAGCUAGGUCCGCCGCCUGGGGAACGGACUGUGGCAGAGCAUGUGGGACCAGAACGCUUCCGAGACCUCUACUCUAAUACAAUAUGCGGCAACCUGAAGGGAUUGCGGGGCCUAGAAACAGAGAGUGAGGCAGCGGCGGCCAUGGCGCUAGUGCCGAGCAAAGAAGGUGGAGAUGAAGAGCAAGAGGUUGGGUUCACCAUCGAUAUCAAAAGCUUUCUCAAACCUGGUGAGAAGAGCUACACGCAACGCUGCAGGCUGUUCGUGGGGAAUCUGCCUACCGAUAUCACAGAGGAAGAUUUCAAGCGCCUCUUCGAGCGCUAUGGGGAGCCUAGCGAGGUCUUCAUCAACCGGGACCGUGGCUUUGGCUUCAUUCGCCUGGAAUCUAGGACACUGGCUGAAAUAGCAAAGGCGGAACUUGAUGGUACUAUUUUGAAGAGCAGACCACUUCGAAUUCGAUUUGCUACACAUGGAGCUGCCCUAACAGUCAAGAAUCUUUCACCCGUGGUUUCUAAUGAGCUGCUGGAACAAGCAUUCUCUCAAUUUGGGCCAGUAGAAAGAGCUGUUGUUGUAGUAGAUGAUCGUGGCAGAGCUACAGGAAAAGGUUUCGUAGAAUUUGCAGCAAAACCUCCAGCACGGAAAGCUCUAGAAAGAUGCAGUGAUGGGGCAUUCUUGCUAACAACAACACCUCGACCUGUUGUUGUAGAACCAAUGGAGCAAUUUGAUGAUGAAGAUGGGCUCCCAGAGAAGCUAAUGCAAAAAACACAACAGUAUCACAAAGAACAGCCUCCACGUUUUGCUCAGCCGGGAACAUUUGAGUUUGAGUAUGCUUCACGGUGGAAGGCUCUUGAUGAGAUGGAAAAGCAACAGCGUGAACAGGUUGACAGGAACAUUAGAGAAGCCAAAGAGAAACUAGAGGCAGAAAUGGAAGCAGCUAGACAUGAGCAUCAGCUAAUGCUGAUGAGGCAAGAUCUCAUGCGACGUCAAGAAGAAUUAAGGCGUUUGGAAGAACUUCGAAAUCAAGAGCUUCAAAAACGCAAGCAGAUACAAUUGAGACAUGAGGAAGAACAUCGACGUCGCGAGGAAGAGAUGCUGCGGCAGAGAGAACAGGAGGAAUUACGACGACAGCAGGACGGAGGAUUCAAACCAAAUUUCAUGGACAAUAGAGAACAGGAAAUGAGAAUGGGUGAUAUGGGUCCUCGUGGAGCAAUAAACAUGGGAGAUGCGUUUAGCCCAGCACCUGCUGGUAACCAAGGCCCUCCUCCAAUGAUGGGUAUGAAUAUGAACAACAGAGGAACUUUACCUGGCCCUGCAAUGGGUCCUGGUCCUUCCAUGGGACCAGAAGGAGCUGCAAAUAUGGGAACACCAAUGAUGCCAGAUAAUGGAACAGUGCAUAAUGAGAGAUUCCCUCAAGGAGGUCCAUCACAGAUGGGUUCACCUCUGGUUAGUAGAACGGGCUCUGAAACUCCUCAGCCGCCAAUGAGUGGUGUAGGUGCCGUGAGUGGUGGACCUGGUGGCUUUGGUAGAGGAAACCCAGGGGGCAACUUUGAAGGACCUAACAAGCGUCGCAGAUACUAAAACUUACUUCAUUCCUUACUGUUUAGAAUUCCAGUAAAACUAUACAGUGAUAUGCCUUUAUAAUUUUAGCUGUUAUCUGGAAACGGUUUUAUUGUUAUUGUAGUCUUUAAAAAAAAACCCCAACGGUUUCUUUUGUAAAACUUUUUUUGUAUUCAGUCAUAGGCUUUGUAGUAUAGAGCAGAAAUGAUGCGGAUCAUUAUGUAAGGCAAUGUGUUUGUUAGCAAAAUACAAUGUGUGACUAUGCUGUAAAACGUGCAGUUAUCUGAUUGCAAUAAAAUAUAAAAAUCACUUGAAAGGA